AUGGCCACUGCUGUGAGGACUAAAUACGAUCUUCCGUCAAAGAUCUUAUGUCGUGUUAUCGAUGUUAAGUGUCUGCAAAUGGAGAUUUAUACUAUGGUCUAUUCUGAUUUUGGCCUAGCACUUGGUCUUUCAAAUUAUGGAAAUGGAACCUCAACUACUACAACUAUUACUACUUCUACUUCUACUUCCUUCUGUGUUGAUGAAACUAGGUCAUCAAAGGCACCUGAUGUAUCAAAGCUAGUUUUCGGAAGCAAAUUGCCUAUUCUAAGUGAUAAAAAACUAUCAUUGAAGGUAUUGCUUUCCGAGGCAAAAAAACGAGAGCGGGCCUUUACGAAUAGAGGACGCCGGAAUCAGUUGCGCUCAAUGGGAGAAGCCAAGAAUUUGCUUCAAUAUAUGUUCAAUUCAGUCGCAGAUGUUAGGUGCUCUAUUUGGCAUCAAUUUGUUUUUUUCUCUUCUAUCAGAAGAUUAAUAACUUUUAUUAGAAGAUACUUAUGUAGAAUACAAUAUUUUGGUUUUUUAUAGUUUAUUAGUAGUAAAUUCUAA